AUGCUGACGUCCGUGAGCUGCUUCUGGAUGGUAUUCAUAGCCGUUUUGAACUCAAGUAGCUGCGCCAUGAGUGCCUGCUGCGAGUGCUGCAUGCUCGCCAACAGACCAGGGCGGGCCGCCGCCGGCGCCCGGGGCUCCGCCUCGGUCGUCGACUGCGGCUGCGGCGCGGGGCUGCUGUCCCUGCUGGCCGCGGAGGCGGGGGCGUCGGAGGUCGUCGCGCUCGAGAUCUCGCCGAAGAUCUCGGACAUCACCCUGGAGACCAUCGGAGGCCACCUGCAGCAGCUGCGGCUGCGGCGCGGGGAGGGGCGGCCGCUGCCCAGCGUGCGGCUCUUCACCUCCGACGUGCGCGCGCUGUCCCCGGAGCAGGUCGGCCAGCACGACGUCGUGCUCUGCGAGCUCAUGGACGCCUCCGGCCCCGGCGAGUCCGUGCUCAGCGUCUUGCAGCACGCCUGCCACCACUUCGCGGCCCCCGGGGCGCAGCUGAUCCCCAGCGGGCUGGAGCUCCGCGGCGCCCUGGGCUGGGUCAGGGUCCCGGACUGCCACGGCGGCCUCGCCUUCGACGCCCUGGACCCCUUCUUCGCCGCCUCGCGGCGGGGGGGCCCCUUCGCCGCGGGCGCCGCGGCGCUGCCGGCCGAGCUGCUCGCGGGCGGGGGGGCGCCGCAGGCGGGCCUGCCGUCUGUGCACUCCACGCGCCCUUCGUGGCCAAGAACCUGAACCGCCUGCGGCGGGGAGAGGGCUGGGACACGCUGAGCCAGGAGGUGCUGCUGCUGCGCUGCGACCUGGCCGCCGCCCUCGAGGGCGGCAGGCUGUACCCGCGGGAGGAGGAUCCGAGGUGGAGAUCGCCGUGACGCGCGGCGGCGUGGUGAACAGCAUCCUCUGGUGGUGGGACGCCCAGCUGGACCAGCACGAGGCGCUCUCGAACCGGCCCCUGGCGAGCCGGCGGCGGCUACCGCACGCACUGGCAGCAGCCCCUGGUGCCCGUGGGGCCUCUGCCGGUGGAGGCCGGCGACCGGCUUCGGCUGCGGGUGUCCCUCCGCGACGGCGCCGCCCAGGUGCUCUCGUUCGCCCUGGCACCCGCCGCCGAGGGCUCCGUGCGUGCGUGGGCACCGCGUCCCGACGCUGGCGCCGAGGAGCUGGCGGGCCUGCUGCCGCCGGAGCCGCUGGACGGGCUGCUGCGGGAGUGGGCGGCUCUGAGCGAGCAGGCCACGAAGCUGGGCAGCGGACUCACGUCGGCCCACACCGCCAGGGGCGACCUGGAGGGCCUGUCGAGCCUGCAGCGGGCCGCGCUGGUGAUAGCGAUCUUCCCGGCGCUGUUUGGGUGCGACCCGCACGUCCGCGAGAGGUUGUUGGCGAGCUUUUGCGGCCUGACCUUCUAGUCGUUCCGCCUGUAUCGUCAGCGGCUCUGCCGCAAGCGCACGGCUUGGAGGAAACAGUCAUGUGCUCAUGCAGCAAAAACAACAACCGCAG